AUGGAUAAUGAAAUCCAAAUCCAUAAUAAAGUUAAACGAAUCAAGGAAAGAUAUGUUCAUGAAGCUAUGCUCCUGGUUGAACAUUGGAGGAGCUUAUACUAAUAACCUUAUCUCUAGAAUGGGAGAUAAUUAAAAAUUACUUUGGAUAAAGCUGCCGAAAUAGUAGGAAUCCCUAGAAAAACUUUGGAGGAUUACUAUUAUCAAUUGAAGAAAGCAGAAACUUUAGUUGAUCUUUAAAAUUUUAAGAAUUGCAAAAUAGGAGUGAUUCGAAGAAUUGUUAAAGAGAGCAAAAAGUAAUCAGAAACAACUACUCACUUAAUUGAUACAAAUGAAUUCUUUUUAUAAGAAAAUGAAACCAUUGUCAAUAGAAAAAACAGUUUCGAAUAUGAUGAUUGA